GGAUUGUUUUGAUGGAGCCUAUAGAGCCAUUGAUAUCUACCUUGAGACCCUGAUCACUGUACUUAAAAGCAGCAUACACUGAGUACGAUAAUGAUCACAAGUGAGGACUUCAAGAAUAGCCGUUAGCCCGUUACCUAAAAAGAGUCUAGCCAACUCUUGGAGACAAUGAUUGUUUCCCGCUUUCUCUAGCACUAUAAAAAAAGACUUGGAUUCACCGUCAAUGCUUAUUCUUCCCGCCAAAUCUUAGCCCAUUUCUCCUUUUGAUUUCAAAAACCCGGGUACUUCAAUUUGGCGCUGAACUUGAUGAUCAAAUUCCCAUGAAAAGCAUCAAAUGCUCGGAUCUUUGCCACAUUUGAAGUCUCAAUUACUUUGUUUCAGACAGUUUUCAAUAGCAAAACGGCCAUCAAUUUAUUGCAGCAAUCAGAAAUUUCAACAAAGUUUUUCAAUAUCUGCUUCAAAAAUGGAAAUCGAUGAAUCCAAGAAAAUUGAAAUUUCUAAUUCAAAUUCUAGCCCUAAUACACGAGGUGCUUUGGUGGUAUUAGAAGGGUUAGAUCGAAGUGGGAAAACUUCUCAGUCUUGUGAGCUUCUGUCCCAUUUGCAGAGUGUUGGAUUUUCUACAGAAUUGUGGCGGUUUCCUGAUCGAAAUACUGCGGUUGGAAAAAUGAUUUCGGCUUAUCUUUCUAAUCAAUCUCAUUUGGAUGAUCAUACAAUUCAUCUCCUUUUUAGUGCUAAUCGAUGGGAGAAAAGAGCAUUGAUGGAAGAUAAGUUGAAAGCUGGAACCACUCUCAUUGUCGAUCGUUAUUCCUACUCUGGUGUGGCUUUCUCAUCAGCCAAAGGCCUUAAUAUUGAUUGGUGUAAGGCUCCAGAGUUCGGAUUGUUAGCUCCAGACAUUGUCUUGUACCUCGAUAUAUCACCCGAGAGAGCUGCAGAAAGAGGAGGUUAUGGAGAUGAAAGAUACGAGCGUCUUGAUUUUCAGAAAAAGGUCAGAGAGAAAUAUCAGGCUCUUCAAGACACCUCGUGGAAGAUUGUUGAUGCUUGUUUGCCAAUUGAAGAAGUCCAGAAGCAGCUUAGAGAACAUGUGCUCGACUGUGUCAGGACAUGCCAAAGCGGAAAGCCUCUUUCUCGACUCUGGUUAGAUUAAUAAGGUAGUUCUCACCUUCUCGGCUGAUUAUCUCCGAGCCCUUUGUUAACUGCUUGCUUGAGGAAAGUUGUAUACUGCAGCCUACAGUCAGUAGUUUAUCUGCUACUAGUAGAAUUAUAGUCAUAACUCAACAACUUGUUCUGAGUUUAAAGUAGAGGUGUUUUCAACUUGUUUCUUGUGUUUUUGAACUUAUGUUAUAUACUCCUCCGUCUAUUUUACUAGGCUUCCUUUUAUUGGGAAUGUUAUGUUUAUUUUCAUUAAUUUUCAUCAGCACAUUUACUUACCUCAUUUAAUGUCAUUCACACAAUAUAAAUUUAUUUCUUUUCAUCAAAAAAUCAUACAUUAUAUAUGUGGAUAAACUAUUUUAUAGAAAAUUAUGGACACAAAGUAAUAUUCAAGAGAAUAUUAGCUGGAAGAAAAAUAUCGAUAGAGUGAAGAGAAAAUGAG